AUGGAGGAUACACACUUGAUAGAGGGUUCAAAAGCCCCUCUAUAUAUAAUAGAGUCGGAGAGGGAUUCCACUGAAGAUCUAAGUAAGAAUGUGUCAUCCUUGAUAUCAGAUAACGAAGUACCUCAGGGGAGGCACCUUGGAAUUUUUUCUACUGUUAUUCUCUUUGUGUCAAGGAUAGUUGGUGGCGGUAUCUAUUCUGUUCCCAGCAGUGUUUUCGUGAAUUGCGGUGGGAAUGUGAGCCUGUUUCUAUUCGUUUGGUUGUGUGCUGCAGUGAUGGCUUUUAUCGGUAUGUCAAUGUUUUUGGAGCUAGGCACUAUCUUGCCAAAAAGUGGCGGAAGAAAAAAUUUCCUUGAAUUUUUAUACGAUAAGCCGCCAAUGAUGACGACAGUUAUUUUAUGCACAUAUUGUCUAAUGACUUGUUUUGCUAUGUCGCCUGCGAUGAUAUUAGGAAAGUAUAUAUUAUACGCCUUAGGUUAUGGUGAAGACUUUGUUAACAAGGAGUCGUAUGCUUCUAACUAUAUUGGAAUAGCUGCUAUUAUGGUUAUAGUGUUUGUGCAUGGUCUCUCUCUUAACCAUGGCCUCAUCAUUCAGAAUAUUUUGGGGAUUAUAAAAUUGGUCAUUGUGCUCCUAAUGUCCUUAGCAGGAAUGUAUGUGACACUAUUUUAUCAUAAUGCUUCUUAUGACAUAACCCAGCCGUCGCUAUUAUUUAGUGCUGCUGUGCAAAGCUCUGAAGCGAUCAGUAGUGCAUCAUUGACUUCUGCGUUUAUCCAGUGCUUUUAUUGUUUCGCUGGAUGGGAUACUGUUCACACCGUUACCUCCGAGAUCAAGGAUCCUAACAGGACAUUGAAAUUGGCUGGACCUCUUUCGCUUCUGAUGGCUCUAAUAUGCUACCUUUCUCUGAAUAUUGCAUACAUAAAGGUGCUCACUUAUGAGGAGAUCAAGAAUGCUGGACCUUUGCUCGGAUCUGUUUUAUUUUCUAAGAUUUUCGGAAAAGCCGUGGGAGCACAAUUCAUUAAUAUCUCCAUAAUCCUUUCUGCAAUAUCGAACCUUUUUGUUACUGUGUAUGGUAUUUCUAGAAUGAAUCAGGAAAUAUUUAGAGAGGGUCUGUUUCCUUUUUCUGCACAAUUGGCCAGAAAUUGGCCUUGUAAUUCCCCACUUCCCUCUUUGUUAAUUUGCGGCAUAGUCAGUUCUUUUUGGCUAUAUCUACUUCCAGGGACAGGAGCUGCUUUCGAUUACUUGAUCAAUUUUGAGGGAUAUGGGAAUCAAAUAAUGUUACUUUUAGUUGCUGCUGGAUUACUCGUCAGGAGAGAACGUCUAAAAAGAUACCAAUUUCCUUCGAGAACACCAAUUGUGGGGGUGGUCGCCUUUCUGCUUCUCUCCGUAUACUUGAGUGUUGGUCCAUUUUUUGGUAAUGGAACCGGCAACUCUGUUGGGAAGUUUCCCUCUUAUCAGUACGCAGCUAUUUUCCUAUUCGCACUUUCCGUGGGCUUCUGGUUCAUGAAGUUUGUAUUGCUUCCCAGAUUGUUUAAAUACACUCUUAGAAGCACUGUUGUUGUACAAAAUGACGGACUAACAGUUGUGGACUGGAGGAGACAUCCUGUAGAAUAG